AUGACAAAUCAGGGGGAAGGUCUGACUGAUAAUAAAGUGGAGGAUGAAGAAGAGAGCAUGAUGGACGAUCCCCUAUGUAAGAGUGAGGUGGAGGAGGACAAUCGAGGAGAUGUCACCACAGAAAAUCGCUUUGGUGAAAACGUCAUGUUAUCGCUAAAUUAUAAAGCAGAAGAUGAAGAUAUACAGUUUCCUUCAGGAGAAAACCUCCCGCACAAAAGAAUUCACACAGGGUUGAAGCCAUUCUUAUGUUCACGAUGUGAAAAGGCCUUUAGGGAUAAAUCAAGUCUUCUUAGUCAUGAGAGAAUCCACAUAGGGGAGAAGAAAUAUUCAUGUUCUGAAUGUGGAAGGUGCUUUAGAACUAAAUCACAUCUUGUUAAACAUGAGAGAAGUCACACAGGGGAGAAACCAUUUUCAUGUUCAGAAUGUAUGAAGUCCUUUCCAGAUAAAUCAAGUCUUCUUAGACAUGAGAGAAUCCACAAGGAAGAGAAGCCAUAUUCAUGUACGGAAUGUGGAAAAUCUUUUACACAGAAAUCAGAACUUGUGAAACAUUCGAGAAUUCACACAGGAGAGAAGCCGUAUUCUUGCUCAGAAUGUGGGAGGUGCUUUACAGAUAAAUCACAUCUUGUUAAACAUGAGAGAAUUCACACAGGAGAGAAGCCGUAUUCUUGCUCAGAAUGUGGGAGGUGCUUUACUGAUAAAUCACAUCUUGUUAUACAUAAGAGAAGUCACACAGGGGAGAAACCAUUUUCAUGUUCAGAAUGUAUGAAGUCCUUUCCAGAUAAAUCAAGUCUUCUUAGACAUGAGAGAAUCCACAAGGAAGAAAAGCCAUAUUCAUGUUCGGAAUGUGGAAAAUCUUUUACACAGAAAUAUGAACUUGUGAAACAUUCGAGAAUUCACACAGGAGAGAAGCCGUAUUCUUGCUCAGAAUGUGGGAGGUGCUUUACAGAUAAAUCACAUCUUGUUAAACAUGAGAGAAUUCACACAGGAGAGAAGCCGUAUUCUUGCUCAGAAUGUGGGAGGUGCUUUACAGAUAAAUCACAUCUUGUUAGACAUAAGAGAAUUCACACAGGAGAGAAGCCAUAUUGAUGUUCAGAUUGUGGAAAGUGUUUUACAGAUAAUUCACAUCUUGUUAGACAUGAGAGAAUUCACAUGAGUGAUACUCCUAUUCAGAAUGUGAAAAGUGAUUUAGAAAUAAACCAAGACUUUUUAUAAAUGAGAGAAUUCACACAGUCGAGAAACCAUAUUCAUGUUUACUAUGUGGGACUUUCUCUACAAAUACGGUAUAUCAUAUCUGGUUACACAGAAGAGAUGUCACAUAGGAGAGAAGCCAUAUUUAUUUUCAAA